UACACCUUAGCCAAAUACAUUUAUACUCAGUUUUUCACAAUUUAUGACAUUUAAUCAGAGUAAAAAUUCCCUGUUUUAGGUCAGUUAGGAUCACCACUUUAUUUUAAUGUGAAAUGUCAGAAUAAUAGAGUGAUUUAUUUAAGCUUUUAUUUCUUUCAUCACACUCCCAGUGGAUCAGAAGUUUACACACACUCAAUUAGUAUUUGGUAGUAUUGUCUUUAAAUUGUUUAACUUGGGUCAAAUGUUUUGGGAAGCCUUCCACAAGCUUCCCACAAUAAAUUGGGUGAAUUUUGUCCCAUUCCUCCUGACAGAGCUGGUGUAACUGAGUCAGGUUUGUAGGCCUCCUUGCUCGCACACACUUUUUCAGUUCUGUCCACAAAUUUUCUAUGGGAUUGAGGUCAGGGCUUUGUGAUGGCAAUUCCAGUACUUUGACUUUGUCCUUAAGCCAUUUUGCCAAAACUUUGGAAGUAUUCUUGGGGUCAUUGUCCAUUUGGAAGACCCAUUUGCGACCAAGCUUUAACUUCCUGACUGAUGUCUUUAGCUGUUGCUUCAAUAUAUCCACAAUUUUCCUCCCUCAUGAUGCCAUCUCUUUUGUGAAGUGCACCAGUCCCUCCUGCAGCAAAGCACCCCCACAACAUGAUGCUGCCACCCCCGUGCUUCACGGUUGGGAUGGGGUUCUUUGGCUUGCAAGCAUCCCCCUUUUUCCUCCAAACAUAACGAUGGUCAUUAUGGCCAAACAGUUAUAUUUUUGUUUCAUCAGACCAGGGGACAUUUCUCCCAAAGGUACUAUCUUUGUCCCCAUGUGCAGUUGCAAACCGUAGUCUGGCUUCUUUAUGCCAGUUUUGGAGCAGUGGCUUCUUCCUUGCUAAGCGGCCUUUCAGGUUAUGUCGAUAUAGGACUCGUUUUACUGUGGAUAUAGAUACUUUUGUACCUGUUUCCUCCAUCUUCACAAGGUCCUUUGCUGUUGUUCGGGGAUUGAUUUGCACUUUUCACACCAAAGUACGUUCAUCUCUAGGAGACAGAACGCGUCUCCUUUCUGAGCGGUAUGACGGCUGCGUGGUCCCGUGGUGUUUAUACUUGCGUACUAUUGUUUGUACAGAUGAACGUGGUACCUUCAGGCGUUUGGAAAUUUCUCCCAGGGAUGAACCAGACUUGUGGAGGUCUACAAUUAUUUUUCUGAGGUCUUGGCUGAUUUCUUUUGAUUUUCCUGUGAUGGCAAGCAAAGAGGCAUUGAGUUUGAAGAAAGGCCAUCAUAUGCACCUCCCCCCACCCCAGCCCCCACAACUAAUUCCUCAGGAAUCACUGUUCCCAAGCCGCCCAAACCACCAGACAAGCCGCUGAUGCCCUACAUGCGGUACAGCCGGAAGGUAAGCAGGAAGGUCUGGGACCAAGUCAAAGCCUCCAAUCCAGAUCUGAAGUUAUGGGAGAUUGGAAAGAUUAUUGGUGGCAUGUGGAGGGACCUCACUGAAGAGGAGAAGCAGGACUACUUGAAUGAAUAUGAAGCGGAAAAGAUUGAGUACAACGACUCCCUGAAGGCCUACCACAACUCACCGGCUUACCUGGCCUACAUCAACGCCAAGAACCGUGCAGAGGCGGCUCUGGAGGAGGAGAGCAGACAGCGGCAGACGCGCGUUGAGAAGGGAGAACCUUACAUGAGCAUCCAGCCUGCUGAAGACCCAGAUGACUAUGAUGAUGGGUUCUCCAUGAAGCACACGGCCACCGCUCGCUUCCAGAGGAACCACCGGCUCAUCAGUGACAUCCUCAGUGAGAUUGUGGUGCCAGAUGUGCGCUCUGUCGUCACCACUGCACGCAUGCAAGUCCUCAAGCGCCAGGUCCAGUCCCUCAUGGUGCACCAGAGGAAGCUGGAAGCAGAGCUGCUGCAAAUAGAGGACCGGCACCAGGACAAGAAGAGGAGGUUCCUGGAGACUACAGACUCCUUCAACAGUGAGCUCAAACGGCUGUGCGGUCAGAAGGUGGAGGUAGACAUGGAGAAGCUGGCAGUAGAGAUUGCUGCGGCAGAGGAAGCUGCUAGGCGGCGGGCGGAGGAGAGGGAGAAGGAAGCGGCGGAGCAGGCAGAGAAGGCUGCCCAGGAACAGCAAGAGCAGCAGCAGGCAGCAGCAGCCUCCCCUUCAUCUACCCUGCCCAUCACUGAACAGAACAACACCACCCCACCAACCGCAGAGACCAAGGAGGACCAGGACAAGCCAACCCCUAUGGAGACAGAAGAGACUCCUGCAUCAGAUACAUCUGAGACCCAGCCUGAGGCUGAGGAGGGCACACCUGCUGCAGAGAAGCAGCAGGGCCCGCCGGUGGAGAGCGUCACGGACGAGGGCACCAGUGACAGCACCGCCCCAUCCGAAAGCAGCACCGGACCCCCUGCAGACCCCCCUGCUUCAGCUGAGCCUGCCCCAGAGGAACGCCCAGCCAGCCAGCCCUCCCAAUAACUUCUCUGUUGAAGGGCACACCUCUCUCUGAGCACACCCUCUAACCUAUAGACUAGGGCCAUGUUUUGUGGGCACAGUGCUGCAUAUCAAAAAUAUUGGCAUGUACAGAAGUGAUUUCAUGGGUAGAGAUGUCCAUAAUUUUGUACAUUCUGUAUGUUAUUUGCGAUGUCGUGCAACCCUGUGCCCUUUUAAAUAUGACCCUGUGAUGUUCUUCCACCAUCCCCACACUCGGUUUGUGUGUUUGACAUUUCUAUUGAUCUUGCAAUGGACCUCUGGAUUCAUACCACAAGCCAACAGUUCCUCUUUAGCUAUUUGCUAUUGGCGUUGAUAGAACAGGGAAGGGCCUUGGCCUAAUUUAUUCCAUACCCAAUUGACAACUAUUUUUACAUGCUAUUUUUGUUGCCUAUUUUUAUCUAACUUUUAGUUAGUAAUCAAUAUGGUGUGGACUGUUAGUGAUGGAUAAAAUUCAGAGUUCUUUUGAAAUGGCCAGUCCUUGAAUAUCACCUAUUAUAUCACAGCAAAUGGAUGAUUGUGAACUGUUUUACAUGAGCUGUUUGCAACUGCACAGCUGUGUCAAACCAUGUUGCUGUGUAUCACAACUAGAGAAAUGGUCAUGAACCUCAGAUAAAACCUCAACCUUUCAAAUGACUGUUUUUACUUGAAUUUGAAUGAUUUUAGUAUGCCUCUGCGAUUUGCAUCUUUUUUGUACUGUCAAGCCUCUUGCCCAAAUAAAAGUAAUUUCUGUCUUUAGGA